AUGGCUCAAUCAAAGCGAAUCCCUCAAGUCGAACCUAAUCAAGCCGAUGGCACAAUUGCCUCACCCGCAGCACCGCCGGACGGUGGUCUCACAGCAUGGCUGCAGGUACUCUGCAUGCACUUUGUUUUCUUCAAUUCCUGGGGAGUGAGCAACGGCUUCUCCGUAUUCGAGCAACUCUACACCGAGACUCUUUCACAAGAUGCCUCUACGAUCUCUUGGAUCGGUAGUGUGCAAGUUUCCUUGCUGUUUUUUAUGGGAGUCAUCGCAGGAAGGGCCACAGAUGCAGGAUACUUUCGAAUCGUAUACUCGACCGGGGUCCUACUGCAGGUGUUUGGGUUCUUUAUGCUCUCUCUGUGUGACAAAUAUUGGCAGAUAUUCCUCGCUCAGGCUGUUUGCAUGGGACUGGGAAAUGGCCUUACGUUCAGCCCAGGUCUUUCGGUCAUGUCUUCUUAUUUCGCAAGGCAUCGCGCUGUCGCUGUGGGAAUAGCUGCAGCUGGAGCGGCGACUGGCGGAAUGGUUUACCCUGUCAUUAUCAACCAAAUGAUUUAUGAGCAACAUGUUGGGUUCGGGUGGACAGUGCGUGCAGCUGGACUUGUGAUGCUGGUGACCCAGGUCCCAGGUCUUUUCUUGUUCAAGCCUCGAUUUAAAGCCCACUCGACAGGGCCACUUGUUGAUUGGACUGCUUUUAAGGAGAAGUCAUUUGUUUUCUUCGCCUUGAGUAUGUUCUUCAAUUUCUGGGGUCUGUACUUUGCCUUCUUCUAUCUUGGGAACUUUGCCCGAGACCAAAUCCAGGUCCAAAGCACGCAAGACUAUGUCCUCAUACUCAAUGGCGUCGGUGUCGUUGGUCGGAUCAUUCCAAGCCUUGUGGGAGACCAAAUCACGGGCAAGCUUAACAUCCUCAUUCCUUUCAGCUUUGCAGUGGCUAUCGUCAUCUACGCCUGGAUCGCGGUAAAAGACGAGGGAGGAUUGUACGCAUUCACCGUGGUGUACGGCCUGGUAGGUGGGGCAGCGCAGUCUCUGUUUCCAGCUGCCGCAACAACCAUGACCCCAGAUGUUAGAAAAACAGGUACACGGCUUGGAAUGAUCUUGAGCUUUGUGGGGUUCGCCACCCUGACUGGUCCCGCAAUCGACGGUGCGUUGGUGCAAAAUAUGAAUGGAAGCUACACAGGAGCGCAGGCCUUUGCAGGGAGCUGUAUAAUAUUGGGUGCAAUUGCAGGUGCAGCUUCUCGGGUUGCCAAAACUGGAUGGCAUUGGAGGGUCAAGGUAUAG